CUAUUAGCAGCUUUACGGUAAUGGCGGGGCUGUGACGUAGCCGCACACCUCCGUCAGUCGCUCGGCUUGCAAGGGCACCAGCGGAGGGUGGCUCGCUCGCUACCCAAGGACGGCGCGACCGAACCGGCACGCCGAGACCAGCGAGCGGCACCGAGACGUCGCUCAUGGCGAACCGGCGAGCGGCCGCCAAGAAAGCAGACGAGAGGAUGAAUGAGAAGAAAUGCUCGUGGGCGUCCUACAUGACAAAUUCCCCCACCGUGAUCGUGAUGAUCGGGCUGCCCGCCCGAGGGAAGACGUACGUGUCCAAGAAGCUCACGCGCUACCUCAACUGGAUUGGCGUCCCCACCAAAGUCUUCAACCUGGGCGUGUACCGCCGAGAGGCCGUCCGAGCCUACAAGUCCUACGACUUCUUCCGCCACGACAACGAGGAGGCCAUGAAGAUCAGGAAGCAGUGUGCGCUGGUGGCCCUGCAGGAUGUGAAGGUGUACCUGACAGACGAGGCCGGUCAGAUCGCUGUUUUCGACGCAACCAACACGACAAGAGAGCGCCGAGACCUCAUCCAAGCGUUUGCGAAGGAGAACGCGUUCAAGCUGUUCUUCGUGGAGUCGGUGUGUGACGACCCAGAAGUCAUUGCUGCGAAUAUCAUGGAAGUCAAGGUGUCCAGUCCGGACUACCCCGAAAGGCACCGAGAGCGAGUCAUGGAUGACUUCCUGAAACGGAUCGAGUGCUACAAGGUGACUUACCAACCGUUGGAUCCUGAUGAUUAUGACAAGGACCUGUCUUUCAUUAAGGUGAUGAACGUGGGCCGCCGCUUUCUGGUGAACCGGGUGCAGGACUACAUCCAGAGCAAGAUCGUCUACUAUCUCAUGAACAUCCACGUGCACUCGCACUCCAUCUACCUGUGUCGCCAUGGCGAGAGCGACCACAACAUCGAGGGCCGCAUCGGAGGGGAUUCAGAACUAUCUCCCCGUGGGAAACAGUUCGCCCGUGCGCUUCGAAAGUUCAUCGAGGAGCACGAACUGUCAGAUUUGAAGGUGUGGACGAGCCAGCUGAGACGCACCAUACAGACGGCGGAGGAGCUGGCCGUCCCCUACGAACAGUGGAAGAUUCUCAACGAGAUUGACGCGGGCGUGUGCGAGGAGAUGACCUACGAGAUGAUCCAGAGGGCGUUCCCGGAGGAGUUUGCGUUGAGGGACAAGGACAAAUAUCACUAUCGUUACCCCGGCGGGGAGUCGUACCAGGACCUGGUCCAGCGUCUGGAGCCGGUCAUCAUGGAGCUGGAGAGACAAGGCAACGUGCUGGUGGUCUGCCACCAGGCGGUCAUGCGCUGUCUGCUUGCUUACUUCCUGGACAAAAGUGCAGAAGAUCUUCCCUACAUGAAAUGUCCGCUCCACACCGUCCUCAAACUCACCCCGGUGGCGUAUGGUUGUAAAGUGGAAAUGUUUCAUCUCAAUGUGGAGGCGGUGAACACGCAUCGCGACCGGCCGCUUGGUGACAUCCCCAAGGACUCUGCCCUCUUACUCCGGCGGAAUAGUUACACGCCCUUGUCCAGUCACGACCAGGUCAAGCGUCCCCGGCUGUACAGCGCGGGCAACCGGCCCUGGCUGCCCCUCGCCCCCACGCCGUCGGCUCUGAUGCCCGAGGGACGGCCGAGCCAAGUCAGUGCCGCCUCCGCCGGUUCCCUCCCAUCCCCGUCGUCACAUCUAGACCCGCCCCUCACCCCCGCCGUGUUGCACUCUGUCUGUCUGUGUGUGCGUGCGUGCGUGUGUGUACGUGUAGUUUUCUGAGAAAGAAUAACCAAAUAAGAAUCGGUGAGUGCACCCAAACAUAGGAUGAAUAAUAACCGCUUACAAAUGAGAUCGAUGACUAAUGCUGUUGAGUUGGCAAAAUUGACACUGUUCAAAUGUCUUCUUUAGCGAUCAAUAUGACGAAUAAACGUUGACGAAUAAACGUCACGGAAAACACUAAGUACGCAUUCUGGUGCGACAAGUAAUAGCGAUUAGCGACAAAUCACUUUUGGAUAGGCUGUCAGUGUGUCGUUGGCUUACAGACAACACACGCUGACCCUAACGAAACACGUACCGAGGUAAACGCUUUUUCGGUUUGUGACGUUAAUUUCGGUCGGCAGCAGGGGGGGAUCUUGGCCAACAUGGCGGUUCCCUGAGAUGGGGGAAAAUUGAUGAAAUCAUCGCUUUCAAUUCCUAUUAUUCUCUUUCGACUGCGCGCUGGGCGCAAUGAGGCUGGCGGUGGGCCGGACCCCUGACGUUUUUGUCUGCGAUAGGGUGAAGGAGAACAUAAAUUGCUCACAUCGGUAAAGGAAAUAAAGGUGUCUUUUGUUUGUUUGGCUGCAUGUUCACGGACCAGCAGGAAACACUCCUGAAAAUGUUUGCAUUUACGGAAGAAAAAAAAAAAAAAAGCAUGUUCAUAUUUGUAUGUCUGCCUUGUUGUUGUGUCUACAUUUCUAUUCUGUUUCUCUCUUUCUGUCUUUAAACCUUACAGCCUUGCAUAGGAAGCGUCUGUUUGUGAGUAUUUUGGAUGUAGCCAACACUCCUUUUUCCUCUUCUUCUUCUUCGCCGCUUUAUUCGACUCAUCUCAUCGCAAGCGUGCCUCGGUCACCUUUGCACUCACGCCAAAUGGGGCAGCUUGCACGGUUGCUCAAAAUGUUUUUUGCUUUGCAGGGCUCCCUGUGCGAAGGAAUCGACUUGGACGACCCCGAAGAAACGAGCGGCUGCGUCCGCUUCUGAGUGAACAUAAAGAAAGACGCUUGCGCAAAAUAUGUAUGCUGCUGCCUUGACUCCAAAACAGCAGGCACGCCUGCACAAUCCAAUGAAACUCAAGCACAGUUUGAGAAAUCCCUCGCGCGCUGAGAUUCAAACCCAGAACCUUUCAAGUGUGAGGCAGGCAUUUUUGCCCUGGCACGUAUACCCGUAAAUGUACAGAUAUGCCAAAUGAAGUAUUGGACGAAAACCUCGUGGUCAUACUCACCGAGCACAUCGGCAAUAUCAGUAUUUGUGUCAUAUCUUUGUCUCUGCAUGUUUUUGCUCAGAAGAUGAUCUCGGUGUUAUAAAUACUUUGUGCAACACGUUCCAAAGAUAGAAAAGCAUUACUGUUAAUCCAGCGCGUAACAUUUGAAUCAGAGCCCUUCAUUGAACUUUUUGGAAUCGAAUAAAAAUGCAGUCAAGGACAACAAUGAUUGGCCCACCCUUGCUUCUUUGAUUUCUUGCUUGCUUGGUACGACGAAAGAAAAAUGGAUCAUAAGAGUUGAACUUCAAAGCUAUGGAAUCACUCAGGGGCAUUUUGGUGGUGUCCAUUGUAUUCUUGGGGCAACACUGUUAACGGUACAAGGCAUUCGAACGAACAAGAAAUUGAAGAAACAAGGGUGGUCGAAUAUUUUCUUCCAUUUCUACAAGUAUCCAAAAAAACAUAUUUCCUGUGCCUAAAAUGUAUUAAAUUAGUGAAAUAUAAACUAGUGUUCUUAAUUGUUAUGCAGAAUUUAUUUACUGUGGGCUUGCUAUUUAAUGAAGAAACACUCGUGUUCAUGUCCCCAUUUUUAAAUACAGUUAUCUAUAUAUUCUGACCAUUUUAUGCAGGUUUUUGAAUUGAAUGAAAGAAUAAUCGCGAAAGACGGUCUGGUCUGUUGGAAGCAGAUACUCGUCGUGCCUUUGAUAAAAGGGAAUCAAUGGGAAAAUAUCAACUUCACCGUAUUGUCGAACUUGCUUGUACUUGCACGUCUUUUGGUCAUAUUUUGAAAUUGCAAUUAAAUAACUUGUAUUGCACUUAA